AGACAGAAACAUGUCACACACUCGCCCAGCAGCGGAGAGCUCCGACAGCACUGUAACGACGGUAACCGACGGUAUCUGUGUUUUAACCGGGUACUUUUAUGAUUUUCUUCGGAGGCUCCGGUCUGACCUUCCCUCUCUGGACUCUGACUGCUCCUUUCAGUCUGUUACUGUGGACGCUUGUCGAAGCUCUGUGUCCUCUCACAGGAAGAAGAUGAUGUACAGGAUCCUGCUGCCCCUCAUGAUGACCUGCUGUGACUGUGCAGGAACAUUUGAAGUGAACGUGACUCAGAGCUUCUAUCAGUUAGAGGAGAACCAGAACGUCACUCUGGAGUGGACCUUCACACCCCAAGAUGACUCCUCACUUCACUCUCUUUUCAUCUACUGUGUGAUGGUCACUGAUCAUGACGUCUCCAGACUGUUUGAUCUGAUUGGAGGAGUCAAGGUCUCAGAGUAUCAGGAUGAACAGUUUGCAGGACGAGUCCACUGGGACAAAGACGUCCUUAAAGAAGGACGACUCAGACUUCACAUGUCCUCGUUGAGGACUGAAGACUCGGGGCUAUACGUGUGUAAAUGGAGGUUAAAGUCUGAUGUGGUCGCUGGUAGAAGUCGUCUUAAUGUGACCGCAGCUGCUCAUGAGCCCCAAACUCAGAGACUAACAGUGAGACCAGGAGAAGAGAGUCGGGGAAGAACUGGUCUCUACGCUGGACUGGGACUGUUACUGGUCCUGACAGCAUCAGCUGGACUGUCUCUCUGUGUCUUUAAAAAAUGUGUCUUUAAAUCUGCUGAUAAGAGAGAAAACGUCUCUGCAGUCGUGUAGACUCUGAAUUUGUCAGAGAAACAAUCAACCAUCCAUUACCUGAACCACUUGAUGGUUCUGGGUCAGCGGGGUUAAACCCUGGACUGGACGGACACACAGAGACAAACUUUCCCUCUCUCGUCCUUUAAACUUGGAGCACGUCCUGUCCUGGUUACCACGGCAACAAACUCAACCUGCCAAAGACCCUGAUGGUGCACUCCUCCAUCAUCCAGUCCAUCCUCUCCUCCUCCAUCAGUCUGCUACACUGCAGCGUGAUUGGCUGCAAGUCUACCAUCUUACCUGUACACCUCCAGGACCCUGAGGGCCAAUAAUAAUGUUAUAUUCUGUUAUCUACCUCUUGUUCAAUAAUAAUGUUAUAUUCUGUUAUCUACCUCUUGUUCAAU